GUAAACACAUACAGACCCGAGGAAGACUGGGGUGUACUUCCUUGUUGCUACCGAGCCUUCAUAAUAUUCAGAAAUGGCGAAAAGAAGUGUAGUGUUAAGCAGAGAUGUUUGUCUGGUCCUAUUUCUUGUAUUAAACAGUGCAAGACCUGAAGGAAACCUCGCUUGGUCUAAGACAGCUACACAGAGUAGUAACCAUAACGACGGGAAUUGGCUGGCGAGUGCUGCUGUGGACGGAUGUUUGAAGACAUGGCUAGAGUCUGGUUGUUGUACACAUACAUUGGGAGGAAGUCGGAAGAUCGCAUGGUGGCGGGUUGAUCUUGGACAAAUGAGUACAAUAAACACAAUAAGGAUACUGUACAGAAAUAACUUUCAGCAAAGACUGGCCGGAUACCAGCUUUAUGUAUCCAAUACCACCGAUUCGCCCACAGACGGUGUCCUCUGUUAUGAGGACACUAGCAGUAGUAGAAGUGCGGUACAGUUAGACCAGACACACCCGUGCCCGUAUGUAGGUCGGUAUGUGACCGUGUACAACUAUAGAAACAACCCAAAACGAUACAACUGGUAUAGUGAUUAUGCAGUAUUGGAGCUCUGUGAGGUUGAAGUGUAUGGGUGUCCAUUAGGGAUGUAUGGUGACGGUGACUGUAGCCAAGUAUGUCCGGCCAGCUGUUACGGAGGCAACUGUAACUCUAAAACGGGUUCUUGCAUGUACUGUUCUCCAGGAAAAUACGGCACUGCGUGUGCAAAUGAUUGCUCUGUGAAUUGUAAAGACAGUUUGUGUAAUAUAGACUCUGGAUUUUGUUUAGAAUGCAUUUCGGGAAAGUUUGGAGAUACCUGCAAUCAGGACUGUUCUGUCAACUGUAAGGAUAGCAUAUGUGCAAAGAACACCGGAUACUGUACUGAGUGUGUCGUUGGGAAGUUCGGCAAUACCUGCGAUCAAGACUGUUCUGUCAACUGUAAUAACAGAUUAUGUGCCCAGGCCAACGGGUUUUGUAACGAAUGUGUCGUUGGAAAGUUCGGCAAUACCUGUGAUCAAGACUGUUCUGUAAACUGUAAUAACAGAUUAUGUGCCCAGAACAACGGAUAUUGUAACGAUUGUGUUCCUGGCAAGUUUGGUAACACAUGUGAACAAAACUGCUCCGUAAACUGCUUAAAUAGACUUUGUGCCAAGGACUCCGGGGAAUGUGAUGAAUGCAUUGUGGGAAAGCAUGGACAAUUUUGUGGCGAUGACUGCCCACUUAACUGUAAAGACAUUGUGUGUGACCGGGAUUCUGGUUUCUGUACUGAAUGUGUCGUUGCGAAGUUCGGCAAUACCUGUGAUCAAGACUGUUCUGUAAACUGUAAUAACAGAUUAUGUGCCCAGGCCAACGGGUUUUGUAACGAAUGCAUUGUGGGAAAGCAUGGACAACUUUGUGGCGAUGACUGCCCAGCUAACUGUAAAGACAUUGUGUGUGACCGGGAUUCUGGUUUCUGUACUGAAUGUGUGUCCGGAAAAUAUGGAAAUACGUGUGUCCAGGACUGCUCUACAAACUGUAAGGACGGGUCGUGUGACGGACACAGUGGACGUUGUACAGAAUGCAUCCUUGGAAAGCACGAAGAAAGCUGUGAUCAGGACUGUUCUGUAAAUUGUUUGGACGGAUGUACAAGAUACAACGCCACAUGUAUAAAAUGUAUUACCGGAAAACAUGGAGACGCGUGUGAUAAAGACUGUCCGAUGAACUGUGAAGACAAUAAGUGUGUCCGGCCCACGGGGCUUUGUAGCGGUUGUAUUACUGGGAGUUAUGGUGUAACAUGUUCCCUGACUUGUCCUGUGACGUGUAAAGACUUCGUGUGUCAUCAACAAACCGGCCAAUGCUUAGAUUGUUAUGCUGGAAAGUACGGAGUGGUGUGUGGCGCUGAUUGCCCGGACACAUGUACGGACAACAUAUGUAGUAAGGACGAUGGACAAUGCCUAACUACUAGUAGCCGAUUCCAAAUUGAUCAUAAUAGCUGUUUUGGCCUCUGUUUGUGGACUGCUGAUAGCUGCGUUGAUCGCUUUAGUAUUAUACCACAUACGAAGCAGACAAAAGAGAAAGAACUCGUCAAAUACGGAUACAAAUUCGAAAGAAGAACAAUCCGUUCCGGACACGGGGUAUACGUCUCUUUCUCAUGAUCAAGAAGAACCUUCCCACGUCUACGAAAUGGUGGUCACCUAGUAUGCUAGAUACGUUCAUCAAAUUCACCAAGUCAGGUCAAUGACAAAACCGGAAAAGACCACUGACAUUCUGCUGUGAUGGCUUAAUCACUUCAGAAAAUUGUUAUACUGUUUCAUUUGAAACAGGUAACGCCACGAAAAAAAUCGAAUAAACACGGUACAUUUGCUAAAGGGCAAGAUAUGAGAGUUCACUUAAAACAGAAAUGUUUGUUUUUUGAGUGAUGAUUCCUUUAUGUAUUUGUCCGGAAAUAUGUUUCUAUGAGUCAAGUGUUUAGAAAUUGUGAUACGGUUUCAUUUGAAACAUGUAACGACACGAGAAAAAAUGAAAGUACUAAAAUGUCAGAUAUGAGAGUUCACUUAAAAGAAAAAUGUUUGUUUUUGAGUGAAGAUUUUUUAUAUAUAUAUCCGGAAAUAUGUUUCUUAGAGUCCAGUGUUUUAAAACCGUUUUCGUUUUUGUACCAGGCUUUAAUUAUUCAAAUGUACCAAUGUAUUUCUAUUAAUUACGCUUUUUCUGAUAUGAAACAUCACUCUAAUAUAUUUUUGUCUCGUGUGUAAUGGAGACGCUUGUUAUUUAUUCCAAACGCUUUUUGUAUAAUUUGAAAAGAAUAUUAUUCUUUUGAUAAAACGACUACACUAUAAUUUGCACUAUAAAAUGACACUUACAAUGUAUGUUUUUUCAGUGCAUUUUGGAAUAUGUGUAUUUCUGAAAUUGAUUAGAUGGAUUAUCAUGUUUCUAUAUAUAUAUAUAUUAAUAUAAACACAAGUUGAAAAUAUGUGAAUGUUAAAGAAAAAUUAUCUUCAGUAAUUGCAUUUUGUCAUAUACACGCAUGACGAUUCAGUUGUACUUUGAUUUAUGUUGUAUGCACAAGGGUUUGUGUAUAUUUUGGAGGGAUUUAUGUAAGCUAGCCUAGUGUAAUAAGGUAUAUGUGCCAUUUUAUGUUUCCGUGUUUUAUCUAAUUAUAAACAUAUGACAUUAUCUAAUUAUAAACAUGUAACAUAUACAUGUACACCUAAAGCCCUUGGUAUCACCGACGAGCCCGCGAAAGAUGACAAACAAUUAUGUCUUGUCCCAAGACCACUGACGAGCCCUAUAAAUAUCGGAACAAGCUCAAUGAUGCCCCUGCUAUCAUUGACGUACCCUAGCGAGAUGAGAAACAGUUGUAUGAUGUCUCUAGUAUCACUGACUUACCCUAAAGAGCCUAUGAGAAACAGUUGUAUGAUGUCUCUAGUAUCACUGACGUAACCUAGCGAGAUGAGAAACAGGGGUCUCUAAUAUGAUUGACGAGCCCUAGAAAUAUGAAACACAUCCGUGUGAUGCCUUUAGUAUCACUGACGUACCCUAGCGAGAUGAGAAACAGUUGUAUGAUGUCUCUAGUAUCACUGUUGUAACCUAGAGAGAUAAAAACAAAAAUAGCUGUGUGAUGUCUCUAGUAUCACUGACUUUCCCUAAAGAGAUGAGAAACAACUGCAUGAUGUCUCUUGAAUCGCUGACGUACCUAGAGAGAUGAGAAACAGUUGUAUGAUGUCCCAAGUAUCACUGACAUACCUAGAGAGAUGAGAAAUAGUUGUAUGAUGUCCCAAGUAUCACUGACGUAACCUAGAGAGAUGAGAAAUAGUUGUAUGAUGUCCCAAGUAUCGCUGACGUACCUAGAGAGAUGAGAAAUAGUUGUAUGAUGUCCCAAGUAUCACUGACGUAACCUAGAGAGAUGAGAAGCAGUUGUAUGAUGUCCCAAGUAUCACUGACGUAACCUAGAGAGAUGAGAAACAGUUGUAUGAUUUCCCAAGUAUCACUGACUUUCCCUUAAGAGAUGAAAAACAACUGUAUGAUGCAGUCAAAUUAAUGGUUUGCUCCAACGUCUCUUACUAUCAAUUCAUUUUGAAAUGUGCUACAUGAAUUAUCUUGUUUGUGUUGAUACUGAUCCAAAUAUUCAAGAUAUGGGCGAUAUUAAUGUAUUCAUAUAGACUGAUAUAUAACAUACAUGUAGACGAUGUACUUCAUAUGAUGUCAUUGACGUGUCAUGUAAUUUGUUGUACUGGUAGAGGUAUGAUAAUGGUCAUGAUUUGGUAAUGAUCUGUAGAGAGGUUUAUUUCUACUUGUUACACUUGAUAUUAUACUUUGGAAUUCCCUGGUAAUUUCUAGUGCCACAUUCCGGAAAUGGACUAUCAGAUACGAAUUGUACAUACAGUCACAAACUCGGUGUGACGUCUAGUGCAGGAGAGGCAAGAAUCUGGACUCUGACGUACAUGUUUUGUCGUGUCAUAUCGUGGGCAACAAACCAGAUUACUUCCCAGAAUGCGAUGGUUUGAUUUAAAUAAAGCUUUAAUAGUAUGCUCUGAUUGAAGUUCUAGCAGACCUAACUAUGUGAAUUUUUACUUUGUACCAAAGAUUUGCAGAGCUUUGACUCAAUGCUCAAACAUAUGGUUUACAUGUAAUACUCUGCCACGUGGCUUAAUAAACGUCUAUAUAAAGUAUC